AUAGGCGGCUUGGGAACCAAGAUGUCAAAUCGAGUGGUGUGCAGAGAAGCAAGUCACGCCGGGAGCUGGUACUCUGCUUCGGGAGCCCAGCUGAAUGCACAACUAGAGGGCUGGCUGUCCCAAGCACAGUCCACAAUCAGACCUGCCAGAGCCAUCAUAGCACCCCAUGCUGGAUAUACCUACUGUGGUGCUUGUGCAGCAUAUGCCUACAAGCAGGUUGAUCCCUCCAUCACUCGUAGGGUGUUCAUUCUGGGACCUUCACACCAUGUGCCCCUCUCCCGCUGUGCGCUGUCACCCGCAGACGUCUAUAGAACGCCGCUCUAUGACCUGCGAAUCGACCAGAAGGUUUACGCUGACCUCUUGAAAACUGGGCUGUUUGAGAGGAUGAGUCUGCAGACCGAUGAAGAUGAGCACAGUAUUGAAAUGCACUUGCCUUACACUGCAAAAGCCAUGGAGAGCCACAAAGACGAGUUCAGUAUCGUUCCUGUGCUCGUGGGCGCUCUGAGUGAGUCCAAGGAGCAGGAGUACGGGAAGCUGCUCAGCAAAUACCUGGCAGACCCUGCCAACCUCUUCAUAAUCUCAUCCGACUUCUGUCACUGGGGUCAGCGGUUUCGUUACACGCACUACGAUGAAUCCCAAGGGGAGAUCUACAGGUCGAUCGAGCAUCUUGAUAAAAUGGGCAUGAGCAUUAUAGAGCAGCUGGAUCCCAUGUCUUUCACCAACUACUUGAAGAAGUACCGCAACACCAUCUGUGGACGCCACCCCAUAGGAGUUCUGCUAAAUGCCGUGGCCGAGCUUAGGAAGUCUGGAUUAGAGAUGAACUUUUCUUUCCUGAACUACGCCCAGUCGAGUCAGUGCAGGAACUGGCAGGACAGCUCCGUGAGCUACGCUGCCGGGGCGCUCAUCGUUCAUUGAGGUCAACUCCUGCAGGGGCCACAGCAAAACGCCGCCACCCUGCCCAUACUAUCUUAUUGCCAUAACCUGACCCAUGACCCCCACAACUUUAAACCCCACCCAGUGGUACCCACUACUUGCAGGAAAGACUUUAGACAUUCA